AGAACUGCAGCUGACUUCACUACUGUGGCUUGCCUUGUUCAAAACCCUAAACCCUGAGUGCUUGCGCUUAUAGAACAACUCUAUUCAAGUUUAAUCACAGUGACAUGAAAUAAGUAAAUCCAUUAAAUCUCUGUAUUUCUGUAUCUAUCCCUCAUCUUUCUUGCUGGAAGAAUGUCUCUGCGGGUGGUAGCAGCUAAUUUACUCAAAAAGAUUCGCUUUCCUUCUCGCAGUGCUUCUUCUACUUCUGUAGUAACCUCUAAUGCGUUGCCCAUCUCACUUCCUGGUGAAAAUUUUACUUGUCAUUGGCAUCGACCCGGUGCGCAUGGUUGGAGGACAUGUUCUAGGGGUCCUUGUCUAUGGACGGUGAUAUAUGGACAUCUUGCAUUAAUUAUUGGCAUCAAUGCCAACCCUGUGUUUGCAAAAGAUGCAUCAAAAGAAGCAGUUCUUGAUAGUGACGCUGAAAAGGAUGACAUAACUGGAUUGCAAAAAAUUGAGGAUGGCUCUGUAGUAUCAAAUAUACACAUCAAAUGGAGGGUCUUUACCGAUAAAGGGAGAGAAUUUUUUCUUGAGGGAAAAAUAGAUGAAGCUGAAAAGCUCUUCCUUUCUGCGGUGCAAGAAGCUAGAGAAGGUUUUGGCCAGAGAGACCCACAUGUUGCAUCUGCAUGCAACAAUCUGGCUGAGUUGUACAGAGUCAAGAAGGCUUUUGACAAAGCAGAGCCACUGUAUUUAGAAGCUAUCAGCAUAUUGGAGGAAUCAUUUGGACCUGAAGAUAUACGAGUGGGAGCUGCCGCUCAUAACCUUGGUCAGUUCUUCCUUGGACAGCGGAAAUUGGAAGAAGCUCGUGUUUACUACGCGAUGGCUUUGAAGAUAAAAAGGCGGGUUUUGGGAUAUAACCAUCCAGACUGUUCUGAUACAAUGUAUCAUCUAGGCGUGGUGCUGUAUCUUCAAGGAAAAGAAGGGGAUGCUGAGGCCUUUAUUCAGGACUCUAUAAGAAUGCUAGAGGAAGGUGGUGAAGGGGAGUCCUCUAUAUGCAUUAGAAGACUUCGAUAUCUCUCCCAGAUAUACAUGAAAUCACAUCGAUAUGCUGAAGCUGAGAUGAUUCAAAGAAAGAUUCUACAUAACAUGGAACUAUCAAAGGGGUGGAAUUCCCUGGACACUAUUGCUGUGGCUGAGGGUUUAGCUCUGACUCUGCAAGCAUCUAAUAAUUUAAAAGCCUCGCAAGAGCUUCUUCAAAGAUGUCUUGAUGCCCGGAAAGUCAUACUUCCUCACGACCAUAUUCAGAUUGGUGCUAACCUGCUUCAUCUAGCAAGAGGAGUGGUGCUCAACAGCAGCCAACUGCACAAGUGGGAUGCUUCUGGAGAAGCUGAGCUUGAUAGGGCAAAGGAGCAUUUGAAUAAUUCCAUAAGGAUUGCUCGUCAAGUGUUAAAUAAAUUAUUGAAACAGAAGGUCAACACAAAAGAUUACGGUGUUCUACGACGUUCUACAAAGGAAAGACAAGUGGCAUUAAUCAUACUGUUGCAAUCGCUCAGUACUUUGGCAUCAUUGGAGUUAGCUAAGCAAGGAUUGCUGGAAACUCAGGAAGAGCAUGCAAAUCGUGAAGCUCGGAAGGCACUUGUUCAAUGUGUUUCCGCUUAUAGGGAGUAUGUAUCUGAGAAGUCAGUUGCUGAUUCCCCUGAAAUAAAGAAAGAGUAUCUUUCAUGUUUAAAGCGCGCUCAAGACUUGCUUGAUUGUAAAUUUGCUGAGGAGCCAACCAAUUAAGGAGAUUCCAGGAGCUGAAUUAAGCAUCUCGAAUGCAAAAUUUUUUGCUUGGCACAAAAAAGUGGCCAAGCUGAAUAGAUAUCUUUAUUGCCGCUCUCUUUGUCGGAAAGAGGCGUAUGCCCGAAUCCGCAUAGAAGGGGUUGCGCUCCACGGUGAAUUAAAUGAAAAUUACCAUGUUUUGGCUUCCCCGAUAGUCAUCUAAAUUUGGGAACCAUAAACUGUUACAUUUGUUGUGUACUUGAAUUAUUCUAUACCUGUUUAUUUUGUUCGGGACAAAGUGUUUGUCCCUCAAAAUCCAAUGUUAAAAUUUUUUAGUAAUCGAGCCCCAAUAAAAUAUUCCUUGUAUUUUGCUUAAAAAAAAAAAUCCUUGUAAAAACACUUGGAUACACUUUUCUUCCUUUUGCAGAGUUGAUUUGUGGUCUUAA